AUGGGCACGCAUAUAUCGAAGGUAAAGUCGACAAACAUGGAUGCCUGGGCAGAUUCUAUGAUGUUUCUGAUGGAGCAUGUCGGCAACGCGCGAGGACGACUCUUGUACGAGUACGAGAUGCCACCGUUGGCACGCGUGACCGGCACGACCGACGGCACUGUGGUUGAGAGAGUCAUUCGCUCCAAGUAUGAGCGGAAGUUGUACUAUCACCCUAGCUUCACAGAGCUCUUUGCACAGUUCAUGGAGACCCCGAUCGAGGAAGUGAAUGGCGACGGGACAGGCACUUUGCCUCCUCCGGGAGGGAAUUCACCGCCGCCUCAACUCGACACGCGAGGGCAGGCGCAGCAGCAGCACGUCGUGCUUGAGGAGCUCUGGGGUGCGCCUGUGUCCUCGCCCAGCACGAAUCAGCCAUGUCAGAAAGUGACCCAGGGUGUGAUGGGCGCGCAAACAAGCAUUACGGAGCUCUUCUCCCAUGCUUAUCCGACUCAUCCGACCUGUGUUAGUUCUGUGAUGGUUAACGGCGGUACCAACCCGAGGCCUACUGCAUGGGGAAACAUGGGUGCGCCGUUGUCGUCCGUACCACCGAUGAGUGCCAACAGCGACUUGGGCUGGUUUGACGCCCAGUUUGGUGGGGCGGGAAGCAGUCUACUUGGCCCCACUAGCGGCGGUGUGCAGGGCGAGGCGCCUUUGGCGAAGAAGCCGGACUCGCCAUCGAAUGUGUCGACAGCAUGCGGUAACGUGGAAGACCUGUUUACUGGCAGCUGCAGCAGCCACACCAAGAACGAGAUUCUCUCUCUGUUUGACUCUGCACCUGUCACUGGGGCGUAUGAACAGAUGAGCAGCAGCAUGAAGGCACAUACGGGCAGGUACCCGAUGGCGUGGCAGCCCCAGGAGGUGAAGUCACACAGCCCCGCGAAGUAA